CCGAGGCGAGCCGGUGUCUGGGCGGUAAUGGCGCUGCGGGGCCUGGAGACUGGCCUGCAGCCCUGGUGCCCGCUGGAUCUCAGCCCAGAAUGGGUGGACACAGUAUGGGAACUGGACUUCACAGAGACUGAACCUUUGGACCCUAACAUCGAAGCAGAUAUCAUAGAGACUGGAUUGGAUGCAUUCACAAAACUCUAUGAAAGUCUUCUCCCCUAUGCUACUGAAGAACGUGGAUCCACAGAGAGCAUUUGGGCCUUCUUCAUUGAAAACAAUAUUUCUCACAAUGCACUGGUGGCACUGUUCUACCACUUUGUUCAAGCAGUCCAUAAGAAAAAUGCCAGUGUGCAGUAUCGAGAAUAUGGCCUUCAUGCUGCUGGGCUGUAUUUUCUACUACUAGAAGUGCCAGGCAGUGUAGCCAAUCAAGUAUUCCACCCAGUCAUGUUUGACAAAUGUAUUCAGACGCUAAAGAAGAGCUGGCCUCAGGAAUCUAACUUGAAUCGUAAAAGAAAGAAAGAACAGCCUAAGAACUCCCAGGCUAAUCCAAGAGGUAAUAGAAAAAGAGGAAAACUAUCCAGGAAAGAGGAUAUUGAGAUGGAUGAGAUUAUGGAGGAACAAGAAGAUGAAGAGAACAUUUGUUUUUCUGCUCGAGACCUUUCUCAAAUUCGAAAUGCCAUCUUUCACCUCUUGAAGAAUUUUUUAAGGCUUCUGCCCAAGUUUUCCCUGAAAGAAAAGCCACAGUGUGUACAGAAUUGUAUAGAGGUCUUUAUUGCAUUAACUAAUUUUGAACCAGUUCUUCAUGAAUUUCAUGCUACACAAGCCAGAAACCUUAACCAAGCAAAAUAUAUUCCAGAACUGGCCUAUCAUGGAUUGUAUCUGCUGUGCUCCCCAAUUCAUGGAGAAGAAAAUAAGGUUAUUGGUGGUGUUUUCCAUCAAAUGCUCAAUGUAAUAUUAAUGUUAGAAGUAGGCGAAGGAUCCCACCGUGCUCCUCUUACUAUUACUUCACCCGUCAUCAAUAGGAGAAACCAGGCAGUCCAGUUCAUCAGCUCACUUGUUGAUGAACUAAAGGAGAGUAUAUUUCCAGUACUCCGUAUCUUAUUGCAGCAUAUCUGUGCCAAGGUGAUAGAUAAGUCAGAGUAUCGAACCUUGGCAGCUCAGUCCCUGGUCAGGCUGCUCAACAAACUUCCUUCUGGGGAAUAUGCUACAUUCAUUGCCUGGCUUUACAAAUACUCACGCAGUUCCAAGAUCCCACACAGGGUUUUUACUCUGGAUGUUGCCUUAGCUUUACUGGAACUGCCUGAAAGAGAGGUAGAUAACACUGUCUCCUUAGAGCAUCAGAAGUUCUUAAAGCAUAAGUUUUUGGUGCAGGAAAUCAUGUUUGACCGUUGUUUAGACAAGGCACCUACUGUCCGAAGCAAAGCACUGUCCAGUUUUGCGCAUUGCCUGGAGCUAUCUGUGACCACCGCAUCAGAGAGCAUUCUAGAACUUCUGAUAAACAGUCCUGCAGUUUCAGGAAUAGAGAGCCAUCCUGGAACCUUGCUGAAAAAUUCAGCAGCAUUUUCCUAUCAGAGACAGACACCUAAUCCUUCUGGGAGCUCAGAGAUGAUCAAUAUAGACAGCAGUAGUGAAACAGUUGGAUCUACGGAAAGAUGUGUCAUGGCAAUGCUGAGAAAGAGAAUCAGGGAUGAGAAGACCAAUGUCAGGAAGUCUGCACUUCAGGUAUUAGUGAGUAUUUUGAAACACUGUGACAUUUCGGGUAUGAAAGAAUACCUGUUAAUUCUGCAAGACCAGUCUCGAGACCCUGCGGUAUCUGUCCGGAAGCAGGCUUUACAAUCUCUUACUGAACUUCUUAUGGCCCAACCGAGAUGUGUCCAGAUCCAGAAAGCCUGGCUGAUGGGGAUCGUCCCAGUUGUGAUGGACUGUGAGAGCACUGUGCAGGAAAAGGCUCUGGAGUGCCUUGACCAGCUCCUGCUGCAGAACAUUAAGCAUUACAGUAAAUUUCACAGCGGAGACGACAGCCAGGUGCUAGCUUGGGCGCUUCUUGCCCUUCUCAGUACAGAAAGCCAAGAAUUGAGCCGCUAUUUAAAUAAGGCUUUUCAUAUCUUGUCCAAGAAAGAUAAAUUCUCAUCUGCUUUUAUAAACAACGUGAUAUCCCACACUGUCACAGAACAUUCUGCACCAGCGUGGAUGCUGCUUUCCAAGAUCGCCUGUUCUUCACCUAAGCUGGACUACUCCAAAAUAAUAGAAUCCUGGGAGAAAAUCAGCAGUCAAAAGAACCCCAAUUCAAACACCUUAGGACACAUUCUGUGUGUGAUUGGACAUAUUGCAAAACAUCUUCCUAAGAGCACCCGGGACAAGGUGACUGAUGUCGUCAUGUGUAAACUGAAUGGGUUCCAGUGGUCUCUUGAGUUGAUAAGCGCAGCUGUUGACACUUUGCAGAGGCUCUGUAGAGCCUCUGCAGAGACAACUUUGGAAGAACAGGAACUCCUGAAGCAAGUGUGUGGGACUGUGCUCUCCAGCUGUGUGCACCACCUCUCCAACAUAGUUCUGAGGGAAGAUGGAGCUGGGAAUGUGGAUGAAGACCUGUUGGUGAAGUACAUUUUUACUUUAGGAGAUAUAGCCCAACUCUGUCCAGCCAGAGUGGAGAAACGAGCCUUCCUUUUGAUUCAGUCUAUAUUAGCUUCUUCUGCUGAUGCGGAUUUUGUAGCCUCAUCUCAAGGAAGCAGUGAAGGCCCACCCUCUCAGCCUCUUCCCCAGGCCAGAGGUUCUACCAUGCCCUCUGUGAUCAGAGCUCAUGCCAUCAUUGCCCUGGGCAAGCUGUGCUUACAGCAUGAGGAUCUUGCAAAGAAGAGCAUCCCGGCCCUUGUGCGAGAGCUGGAAGUGUGUGACGAUGUGGCUGUGCGGAACAAUGUCGUCAUCGUCAUGUGCGACCUGUGUAUCCGCUACACUGCCAUGGUGGACAAAUACAUCCCCAACAUCUCCAUGUGUCUCAAGGAUUCAGAUCCAUUCAUCCGAAAGCAAACGCUGAUCUUGCUUACCAAUCUCUUACAGGAGGAAUUUGUAAAAUGGAAGGGCUCUCUGUUUUUUCGAUUUGUCAGUACUCUGAUAGAUUCACACCCGGAUAUUGCCAGUUUCGGAGAGUUCUGCCUGGCCCACCUGUUACUGAAGAGGAAUCCCAUCAUGUUCUUCCAGCACUUCAUUGAGUGUAUUUUCCACUUCAAUAACUAUGAGAAGCACGAGAAGUAUAACAAGUUUCCCCAGUCGGAGAGAGAGAAGUGGCUGUUUUCACUGAAGGGAAAGACAAACAAGGAAAAACGAAUGAAAAUCUACAAGUUUCUUCUUGAGCACUUCACAGAUGAACAGCGCUUCAAUAUCACUUCUAAAAUCUGCCUCAGUAUUUUGGCAUGUUUUGCCGAUGGCAUCCUGCCCCUGGAUAUGGAAGCCAGUGAGCUACUGUCUGACACGUUCGAGAUCCUCAGCUCCAAGGAGAUCAAGCUCUUGGCGAUGAGAUCUAAGCCAGAUAAGGAUCUCCUUAUAGAAGAAGAUGACAUGGCCUUGGCAAAUGUAGUCAUGCAAGAAGCUCAGAAGAAGCUCAUCUCCCAAGUUCAGAAGAGGAAUUUCAUAGAAAAUAUUAUUCCAAUUAUCAUCUCCCUGAAGACUGUGCUAGAGAAGAAUAAAGUCCCAGCUUUGCGGGAGCUCAUGAACUAUCUCAGGGAAGUGAUGCAGGAUUACCGAGAUGAAGUCAAGGAUUUCUUUGCAGUUGACAAACAGCUGGCAUCAGAACUUGAGUACGAUAUGAAGAAAUACAACGAACAGCUUGCGCAGGAGCAAGAGCUGGCGAAACAAGCAGAUGUGAGCAAAGUGGCCAUAGGCGCCGACGGGGCCCACAUGGUGCAGGGUGCUACAAGUUUAGAAAUAAUACCAGCUACUGGCCACGAAAACCCCACAGUGCCUCUUGCCAUGAGGCUGCCCUCCACACCGCGGUCCAGCACCAGUCACGCACCCACUGUGCCGCCUGCACUAGAGACCGGCUCCAUGAAGAGGUUACUGCCCAAAGCCAGACCCAUGUCCCUGAGUACCAUAGCCAUCCUGAAUUCUGUCAAAAAAGCUGUGGAGUCAAAGAGCAAGCACCAGAGUCGGAGCUUAGGAGUACUGCCUUUCGCUUUAAGUUCUGGAAGCCCAGAUAAAGCGCACAAUCGUGGUAAGCUCGAGAAGGUUCCAAGAGGCUAUGGAACUUCUCCGUUCUCCAUCUUAGACACAGCGCAGUGUACAGCAUCUUCAUACAGCUUAGAGCAAGAGUCCAAUGGAGCAAUUGACCACGUGACCAAACGAGCCAUCAGCACUCCUGAGAAGACCAUCAAUGAUGUCACAUUUGGAGCAGGGGUCAGCUACAUCGCCACUCCACCAACUCCUUUUGCUGGCAAAGAAAAAAUGGAAGCCCAGAAUCAAGGGAAUGACAUUUUAUGCUUAUCACUGCCUGAUAAACAGCCUCCACAGCCACAGCAGUGGAAUGUGAAGUCUCCAGCCAGGAAUAAAGACAACCCAGCCUCCAGCAGGAGAUCGCUCCGAAAGACUCCCCUGAAAACAGCCAACUAAAACAGUCCAUUCCAGGGAGUGUCUGGAAGGCAGGAGCCGUAAGAAACCACCUUGUUGCCUGUAUGUGGAAAGGCAGGGUUCACUUCCCUCACAUCCCUAGGUUGGGGUGCUUUCAUUAUACCAGCACUUUCCUGGAUUCCAGCACUCUCACUGACUCACCUGUGUAGCUGGCCAGCCCUUUAAAUGUCUUUAAUGAACUAUAUGGUAAAGCAUUGUAAAAUAAUAGAGAAAUGCCUUAGCUAUUUAAUAAUCUAACUUUACCCCUCUGAAAAUGCUGAAUCCACCUGUGAGCUGAAUCCUUAAGGAAGACAGUGCAUCGGCUUUCUUUUCUAUAAACCAAGUGUGUUUGCUGGCUUGAGUUCCUGUUAGUACAGUUUCUCAUAUAUAAUAAUAAGAUUUGAUUGUAAUAUUUUUUCUAUUAUUUAUAAAUUGCAGAUUUUUUAA